UUUUCAACAUUAUUUAAUGUUUGGAACCAUUCAUACUUGAUUAAAAUACAUAGUUGAAAACUUUCCCUGUUUUUGAUGAGCUGAUUUUUGUUUUAACUUAUUUAAACUUUUUCAAGGUUUAAACAAUGACAGCAUCACAAUUGUUGAUUAUUUGGUAAACUGUGACUUCUUGCAACAGAUUAGUGACCGUGGUCACACUGGACUAGGCUGUAAAAAUCUGUGAUAGGAACAGAAUGGCUCUGAGAUAGGAACAGAAUGGCUGGGGCAGAACCAUUUUUGGCAGAUGGCAAUCAGGAGUUAUUUCCAUGUGAAGUCUGUGGAAGACGCUUUGCAGCAGAUGUUCUGAAAAGGCAUGGACCAAUAUGUAAAAAACUCUUCAACAAAAAGCGUAAACCUUUCAAUUCUUUGAAGCAAAGAUUACAGGGCACUGACAUUCCUAUUGUGAAAAAGACUCCACAAUCUAAGUCGCCACCUGUGAGGAAGUCUAACUGGAGACAACAACACGAAGACUUUAUUAAUGUAAUCCGAUCAGCAAAGCAGUGUACGCUAGCCAUUAAAGAAGGCCGACCCCUCCCACCUCCACCUCCUCCGUCCUUGAACCCAGAUUAUAUUCAGUGCCCAUAUUGUAUGAGGAGGUUCAAUGAAACCACAGCCAAGCGACAUAUUAAUUUCUGCAAGGAUCAGUCUUCUCGCCGAGUCUUUAAUCCAGCCGAGAUAGCAGCCAAAUUGGCAUCCAAAGCACAGGGUAAGGCUCAGAUGGGUCCAAAAAAAGAACCAGCUCUUACCAGUGCUGUGGGAGCUUUGCUGCAGAACAGGGCCCUCGUGGCCACGAAUGAAGUCCCAAACAAGUCAGGAUUAGCUAUGGACCCUGCUUCUGGAGCAAAACUCAGACAAGGAUUAAGCAAAUCUUCUAAAAAAGAUUAACUCCUAGAAGCCAGAUGGAAAGGAGACCACCCGAUUUGGUAGAUUACAAACAACUAAAUCUUAUUUCAGCGAGACGAACAAUGGCGAACAAUGAGAUUCUAUCUUUGCAAUGAAGACUCCAAGUGGGAUAUUCAGAUUCACCUCCAGACAAUGAUAUCAUUUUAAAGGUGACACAGGAGGGCGUGGUAUUAAGGGGUGACUCGAAGUUGGAAUAGAUUUGUGAGCCUGGCAGCUGGUCUUGUACCUUCUCACAUUAUACAUGAUCUCCCUGGGGGAACCCAUGCACCACCCAAGGUUACAACUACUUCUUGAAGUCAGAAGCCUCCCAAAUCUCUAUCUUCAAUCCUGAACUUUCUUUCAAAUUCCAGAUGAAUACAUCUACCUCCUUCCUGCAACUCUUGGGAUAACCUUGCAGCGCCCCUUGGGCUUUAAACUUUAACCCCAGACUUGCUCCUUCUCAGGCACUGCCUGUUUAGCUAAUGGCACCACUGUAAAAUAGCCAUCAGGUCUCCCAGAUGCUCACCAGGUGAUGGCUACUGUUUUAAGGACUUUACUUCUUACCCUCAACAACCGCAUGAGUAGGCAGAACAACUGCCUGAGUAGGUAGCAUUAAUCCUAUUUGACUUAUGGGGAAACUAAGGCUUAGAAGUUAUGCUGAUUUGCCCAUGACCCUAAAACCAGCAAGCAGUUGAGCUGGGCCGUGAACCCAGGGUGCAUGUCAAAAGUCAGCAUCUUCCCAUGUCACUUCCUAGCCUCUCCAAACUUAGAAGCUCUGGGUUCUAGAUUCUUCUCAAAGAUUAAGCUUUACAAUCUAUUGUCUCUCAAAUCCGUUUCCUUCUCUUAAUUCCCAUAGCCACGUGCUGUUUGGGUGCUGUUUGUCUUUACUGGGGCCUCCACAUCAGCCUAGCACAACAACUCUGCAAUUUUACUUAGUUUGAAAUCCCAAUGAUUUUCUUUUCUAGCUCAUUUAAAAUAGGUAGCAGGCUUUGUAAUCCCUUGUAUUUUCAUCCAGCUGAAGACAGAAAGAAGCAUCCUGAAGAAGUCUGUCUUUGUUAACAAUAUCUAAACCCAGAGAGGAAAUUCUGCUGGACUUCUGGGAAAGGAGAAGGAGAGGGAGAGGCGAAGCUGCAAAAAUGACAUUCUCCUUUCCAUUCCCCCAUGGCCAACCACCCCCCAUCCCGGGAUCUGAUAAGGAGAUACGUCAGCCCCCAGAAAGAGAGGCCCCUGUGGGGCUCUGUUCCCAUGUGGCAAUGAGUAGAAUCCUUGAGAAGACAGCCCAGUGAUGAGUGUGCCUCCAGAGGCCAGACGAGAGGCCCGACGAGAGGCCCGAGGUUCCCAGCCUUCACUGGCGGCCCAGAGACAGAUAGUUACAAGGAUUCAAUAAAUCACUACUUUGAUAAACUGAAGGUCAGAGGUGGUCAUGAGAUGAGGGUCCUCAUCUUCCAGAGGCCAUGAAAACCUCCACGUUCCAGGACACACUCCAUGGGGGAAGGGGAAGCACGUAAAACUUACUGACAUGGAAUUUUCCACUAGGUUGGCAGGAGGGGGACUGGAGUCCAUUUUCAUUACUGGGCAUGAAAACGGUAAAGCCUCUUGCAUAUUUGACGAUGUGAGGUGAAAUGCAAACUUGUGGGGCGCCUCAAUAAAGUGCAGAACCUUGGAACAGUGCACAUCUGCGCUAUAGAGUAGCUACAACUGUUGGAACUGGAGCCAAUCUAGUUUUCAAAGAAGGCAGCAGCUCAGAGAGAGGAGCAAAGCUCCACGUAGGCCCUGGUAGCCUAGUGCGGAGGGGCGGGGUGGCAGGGAAGGCAGCAGGCCUACGCUUUAAAACCCUGAGGCAGAUAGAGAAGGAAGGAAGGAAACAAGGGCAGAUGUUAGAGUAUACUCACAGGAUUAACU